AUGCGUUGCCGUCUGCCAUUCGCGCCCAUAAUCGCGCGCGUUCCCCCUUCAUCGUGCGCGCGUGCAGCGGACGACCGCGUGUGCGCGUGGGGGCGCGGGGAGGACGGGCAGCUAGGGUUGGGCAGCGCGGAGGAGCAGCUGGAGCCCACGGAGGUCGCGGCGCUGGCGGGGAAGCGCGUGUCGGCGCUGGCGUGCGGCGCGGAUCACACGACGGCGUACUCGGAGGACUCGCAGACGCUCUGGUCCUGGGGGUGGGGCGACUUUGGGCGGCUGGGGCACGGGCAUUCGAGCGACGUGUUUCUGCCGCACGCCGUGGCGUCGCUGUGCGGGCGACCCAUCAAGCACAUUGCGUGUGGCGACUGCCACUGCAUUGCGGUUGACGCCAAUGGCACCGCCUUCAGUUGGGGGCGCAAUCAGAACGGGCAGUUGGGGCUGGGCACGCUGGACGACGCGCUCGUGCCCACGCAGAUCACCGCGCUCGCUGGGGUGCCGCUGAGGAUGGUGGCAGCGGGCGCAGAGCACACAGCAGCGGCAGCGGAGGAUGGACGGCUGUACGGGUGGGGGUGGGGGCGCUACGGCAACCUGGGGCUGGGGGACCGCCUUGACAGGAAGCUGCCCGAGCAGGUCACCGCCAUUGAGUCAGAGCGCAUAGCACAGGUGGCGUGUGGGUGGCGGCACACGAUAGCAGUGAACGGGGAGGGGCGGCUGUUGACGUUUGGGUGGAGCAAGUACGGGCAGCUGGGGCAUGGCGACUUCCAGGACCACCUCACGCCCUCGCCCGUUCCAGCCAUGCAGGACAAGCGGAUUGUGCAGGUGUCAGGAGGGUGGCGGCACUCCGUUGCUCUGGAUGCAGAUGGCGUGGUGUACGCGUGGGGGUGGAACAGAUUCGGGCAGGUGGGAGUGGGCAACUCGGAGGACCAGUGCUCGCCGCAGCGGAUAGAGAGCAUUUCCGAGCGGGUUGUGGCGGUGGCGUGUGGGUGGCGGCACACGGUGGUGUUGAGUGAGGGCGGCAACGUGUUCUCCUGGGGUCGAGCCACCAGUGGGCAGCUGGGCCACGGGGAUACCACCGACAGGAACCUGCCCAAGCGAGUGGAGGCGAUAAGCGCGGACGGUGACAGGUGUCGCCACAUCAGCGGGCCGGGCGGCAAGAAGGACGUGGCAGCAGCAGCUCAUGCGGAGGUUCCGGAUGCCGCGGCCACGUGGGUGUCUCCUGCCGAGCGCUAUGCCGUCGUGCCAGGGGAGAAGGUCUCUCAUGGUGACUGCUCACUCAGGUCUCUCAUGGUGACUGCUCACUCAGGUCUCUCAUGGUCUCGCAUGGUGAGUGCUCACUCAGGUCUCUCAUGGUCUCUCAUGGUGAUUGCUCACUCAGGUCUCUCAUGGUCUCUCAUGGUGAGUGCUCACUCAGGUCUCUCAUGGUCUCUCAUGGUGAGUGCUCACUCAGGUCUCUCAUGGUCUCUCAUGGUGAGUGCUCACUCAGGUCUCUCAUGGUCUCUCAUGGUGAGUGCUCACUCAGGUCUCUCAUGGUCUCUCAUGGUGAGUGCUCUCUCAGGUCUCUCAUGGUCUCUCAUGGUGACUGCUCACUCAGGUCUCUCAUGGUCUCUCAUGGCGGGAGAGGACGAUGCGAGUGUGCCGGAUGCUGAUGCCAAGCGACUCAAGUCGUGA